UGGAAAUUGAAACUACCGAAUUCAAAACUGCGCUAUAAUUUAACAUGAACGGAAAAAACGGAACAUCCUUGCGACAUUCUUCCAAUUAUUCCACUUCUAGCAAAAAAUCAGUUAUUCAGGGCACAAAAAAUUUCGUUUGGGAUCGAGAAGACCUAUCAUCCAAUUUACCAUACAAAGAUCGCAACUACGAGAUUCCUUUCAAUCCACCUCCGAAUGAGGUCAAUUUUUUGGGCGGAUUGGGUAGUAAGAAGGCCCACUAUCGUUCCAAGGUUCACCCGCAGAGAUUUUCGACCGUCCAGAAGCUUAUGAAGAUGCGUACGUCCAAUCGAGUGCUGGAAACACUAACGGAGGAUUUGCGGCAGGUGAAUCAAUGUCGGCGUGGCGCCGAAGCCCAAACGCAGUACCGGAAUGUCGGGGCAUUCAUCAAAAAGAUGACCGAUGAAUUGCAGAUGGCUGGAAAUGUCGAAAAAUCAACGCCAUCCGAACAGUCCGAAGCGCAGUGCCAGAUGAAUAGUAGAGUGAACCUGUCUGAUGAUGAUUACAAGAACAUGAUUAGGAAAUUGGACACAAUGUUAUUGGAGGAACAGCGUCCUAGUGCGGCGCAGGGAACCUCUUUCCGGGAUUGGGCCACACGAGAGAGGUACAAUUAUAAAAAUAAAAGCAGUUUUGACAUCAUAAAACGAGAGAAAGAUUUGAUCGAGUCGGAGUUGGGCUCGUCGGUAGACACAAAGCCUCACGAUUACAUCUCUAACGAUGGAAAAAGGAUCACAAAAUUAUGCAAAACUACAAAGAUUCCACACGUUGAAGGCCACAUGUAUGGGCCGUUCACGAAACUGCCGCGUCUAGAUCCACUUCUCGAGAAUGAAACAAAGUUUGGAAUUCCCCUGAGUCUGCUUGUUAGAUCCUAUCGUGAAAUGGACUCAGCAAAGGAAGGGGAACGGAAUCUCAUUAAUACGAGAUUGGCACAUAUGCGGAUACCUCUUUGUCCCAAGAGCAGCGAUGAAUCGUCGGAUGACGAUGACAAAAUGGAGGAAGUUAAAAUACUUUCGUUUCUGAGAACUCCUUAUUUUCGCAUUCCUACCGUUCGAACCCAACGAAAGCGCCGGAAGGACCGGCUCCGGAGUCGUUGGCUGAAAAAAGAUCGACUCAAACGGAUCACCAUGCUACUGUACGAUCGUUCAGAGGAAAAUCUGAAAGUCAAGAAACCAGGUGGACGUCCAAAGCACAGUUCGGAUUUGGAAUGCAGCGAAUCUUCGAAAGAGUAUAUAAAAUCUCCUCUCAAAAAAGCGGAAAAACAGCAGCAGAUAUCGGAGAAACGAAAACGUUAUCACGAGUUCAUUAAGCAAAAGUCCCUCGAAUAUCGCAAGCUAUACGAUGAGUGUUUGCAGAAAAAGUUAACAUCAUUUCAGGAUUUUAAGAAAUUUCAGCCUUCUAGCGAAGAUCAGGGCACAUCCAGAUCGAAAUCAAAACUACCCAAGCUACCGCUAUCGGAUGAACCGAAACAAGCUCUCGAAAAGGCAGUUCUAAAACUUCCCUUCAACAGGUUCAAAAGUCUAUCCAGAAGCGAUGGAUUGCUUGGAUCAUUCUACAUCGAUCCGGAUUUUCAGGAUAAAGCCAAGGAUUUGAAAAGAUACAAAACCACGUCAAAAUACUACACGAGCCUAAUGCGAGAACGCACCAACAUACGCGAUCGAUUGCAGGUGAACGCACCGGAUUUCGACGAAGAGCAGCUCGGAUUUAAGACGAAAUUUUUCAACCGAUUGGCCACCGAAUGGGACAACUACUACAUUCACGAGCUUCGCUAUCGGCCACGGGUGCGGAAAUUUUGCCCCAAAACUGACAUCCUGAACAUACGCGAUCAACGGCGCAAAAAGUUCCUCCAGUACUACAUAGCCGAGAAUCUGCUGAAGAUUCGCGAGAGGCAGUUGCUGGAGAAAAAAUUCGCCAAAUGGAUCAAGGAUUUUUGCAAAGAAACAACACCACUGUUCAAAACGUGGCGUAACGAUGCCUACGAUAAGGUUUUGGAAGCAUCCGAUCGGGCCAAAGAGGCUCAACAGGAAACCCGGAGAUUGAAGAACAUACUGCAGGAUAGACAAAACCAGGUCGAUUCAUUAACGGAGGAAAUUCUUCGGUUGGAAGAACGGUGGACGAAGAUUAUGUACAUGAGGAACUACUAUUACCUACUGAUGGAUCCCCAAUGGAGAUUUGAAAAUGAUCAUCUUCACAGAACUCCGGAGGGUUCUCUUUAUAGUGUUUCAGAUAGCAUACAAAAUUGCAAAACUCUUUUCAUUCGCACAGAAGGACAAAACAUCGGAGUGGAAAUUGCCAAUUUCUAUACUGAACAGAUCUUUCCUAAAUUGGAGAAUCAACCAAAUUGUGAACCGAACCAGGAGCUACUUCUGAAAGGACUGGACCAAAUCAAUCAUCGAACGAUCGAUUUAAUUUCGAAAUAUAACAAUAAACUUAUGACUUUCACUUACAUCAACUACCACUACAAGGAAGUACUGGACGAAUUUCCAAGAUAUUUCAGUAAUCAUAACUACAUGCUGGAACUGUACAACAAGAAAAUUGAAACUGUUCAGCGGAAAAAGGAAUCUAUGAAGGAACAAAUGAAUCAGUUGCUUGAUCAACCACUAAGAAAAUGUGUUAGCAACAAAACCAUGAGAGCAACGUCAACUAUUAUUGGUCAGUUGUACGAUUUUAUUCGCGCAUCCAAAAACCUCGGAAAGGAAAUUGUCGUAAUCAGUGACAUGGAGAAGUUAUCGGCGAUUCAUCAGCAUAUAAUGGAUCUGCUGUCCGAUCUGGACAAACUUCCGCUCCAUAUUUUGAAGGAGGCAGAAGAGGAAACCCGAAGGAACCGAAAACGAGAGCUAAAGCAAGCCAACGAAGCGUUCAAACGAAAGGAGGUAUUCGACUUGCUGCGCAAACAACUGAGGAUGCACGUGAAAAAGUAAUCUUAUUUGAGAAGUCGUCCUUGCAUACAGAUAUUUUUUUCUUUUUGUACUGAUGACUGUCCAUGUGUUUCAAUUGUUCUAGAUCUCUCUAAACAGAUUUCAAAUUUUGGCAAUACAAUAAGAAUUCGAAACGUUUAUCGUUUAUUAUGUCAGAUUUAUAAAAGCAUAUUAGACAAUGUAAUAAAAUUUAAAUUAUCACUAAAUUUAUUACUGAUCAGUACUCACGUGAUGUCAGUUACGACUCCUACAU